GUAGAAGAGGAGGUAGAAGAAGAGGUAGAAGAGGAGGCAGAAGAGGAGGUAGAAGAAGAGGUAGAAGAGGAGGUAGAAGAAGAAGAAGAAGAAGAAGAAGAAGAAGAAGAAGAAGAAGAAGAAGAAGAAGAAGAAGAAGAAGAAGAAGAAGAAGAAGAGGAGGUAGAAGAAGAGGAAGUGGAAGAAGAGGAGGAAGAGGAAGAAGAGGAGGAAGAGGAAGAAGAGGAGGAGGAGGAAGAGGAGGAGGUAGAAGAAGAGGUAGAAGAGGAGGCAGAAGAGGAGGUAGAAGAGGAGGUAGAAGAAGAGGUAGAAGAGGAGGUAGAAGAAGAAGAAGAAGAAGAAGAAGAAGAAGAGGCAGAAGAGGAGGUAGAAGAAGAAGAAGAAGAAGAGGCAGAAGAGGAGGUAGAAGAAGAAGAAGAAGAAGAAGAAGAAGAGGCAGAAGAGGAGGUAGAAGAAGAAGAGGCAGAAGAAGAGGUAGAAGAAGAGGAAGAGGAAGAAGAAGAGGAAGAAGAAGAAGAGGUAGAAGAAGAUGAGGAAGAAGAAGAGGAAGAAGAAGAAGAGGUAGAAGAGGAAGAAGAGGAAGAGGAGGAAGAAGAGGAAGAAGAAGAGGAAGGAGAAGGAGAAGAAGGAGAAUGGUUUUUGUGCUCAAAAUAA